ACGUUGCGGCCAAACGCCGAUUACCACAUCAGUGUCUCGUUAUAUGACAUCCCGGCGCCCAUCAAAGUGAUGGCAAUGGUUGUCUGUCCGACAAACAAAGUGCACACCGGUGCAUAUCUUGUUUUCAAUAGGGCUGAGUCCAAAGUGCUAACCCUAGCGAUAGGCGAUUGGCCUGAAGGACCCUGUGGUUUGAUGGUGAAGGGAGAGGGCGCCAAUUUUACCACAGUCUACCAAUACGAACUGCCAAAACAAUAUGAUCAAGAUUAUAACUUGAUCCUACAGCCAAACCCACCGUUUGAGAUAACAGACGAAGGUUUUACGGGUUCAGCGGAGCUUAAAUAUGAGCCCAAAAGUGUGAUGAUAUUUAUUAAGACAAACAAAGCUAUGUAUAAACCCGGAGAGAAAGUACAGUUGAGAGCCGUUGUAGUCAACCCAUCGCUGAUCCCACAAAAUAAUAUCCCGAUUGAUAUCUAUAUUAAGGACGGUAACGGAAAGCGUGUCAUUGAAUGGACAAAACUGUAUGCGAGAAACGGUGUCAUCGCUGAAGAGCUGCAACUGUCGGGUCAGCCGGUGUUCGGCAACUGGACUAUCGUUGCCGAGGCGUUGGGACGCAACUCAACGAAGUCAUUCAUUGUGUCCGACGAUGUGUUGCCCACAUUCAACGUGGGGGUAGUGUUGCCAACAUUUGUGGCCAUAAGUAGCGCUUCAGAAGUGGUCGCAACUAUUAAAGCGUUUGAUACCAAUGGCAGGCCUGUUAAGGGGGACCUAACUCUUAACGUGCGGGACUACCAUUAUAAUACGGGUAAAUACCGGCUAAAGACCACGAUCGACGGAACCGCUACAAUACCCGUCCAUUUGUUCGACAAUAUAGACCUCGAUCGACCCAUACGGGCGUCCAAUGGCGUUGACAUUAAAUUCAUGGCACAAGUGAGGGACAGUUUGACCGGAAAACAGUACAACGGAUCCAAUACAGUGAUGGCGUAUAACAGGGAUGUGUGGGCAGAGUUAGUAAAUAAACCGGAGACAUAUAAACCGGGAUUGAAGUACACGGCUAUCAUUAAAGUGGUCACACAAGACGGUAAACCUGUGGCCGACAACGGACCGCAACUGACACUCAAAUACGGCUAUUCAUGGGAUAGCAAGGAAUGGAAGGACAAACCAUUGGUGUUAACGCCAAUCAAUGGACUCAUUAAAGUGGACUUAUUUCCGCCCAAAGAUGGAGGAGAUGUAAUGAUAAUUAAGGGCGAAUAUAUUUAUCCGGGACACUUUUACCAGUUGGCCACUACCAAGAGGGCUGAGUCCCGGUCCGGGAAUUACCUUCAAGUGACCCGCGCGGACACAACCAACAUCACUGUCGGACAGGACGUCAAAUUCAUAGCGACUGCGACCGAACUUAUCACUCGAUUGGUGUGCGAAGUGAUGGGAAGGGGAAACAUAGUGUGGGCCCAGAGUAUGGACAUUACAACUGAUAUUAGGAUCGGCUAUGAGUUUAGUAUCGCUACUACUCGUCAAAUGGCGCCGACGGCGAGAGUGAUGUGCCAUUACGUGCGGCCCGACAACCAGGAAGUGGUGGCCGACGUUCUCAACAUCGCUGUGGCAUUGGUUCGGACGCCCGUCACAGUCGCGACCAAACCGGGAGCGAUGGCCGGCGUUCGGGCCGAGCCUUCUGUCAAUAUACUCGGUGUCGAUGUCUGCGCCGAUGAUGUGAUGAACCAAUUGAAAGCUUACGUUAUUGACCCAACAGAUAGUGAAUAUUUUAGUCAUGUUAAUCCCGGAUCAAAAACCGCUCCUGAAGUGUUUGCCGAUUCCGGUGCGGUUGUCCUGUCCAAUGGUUUCAUACAGAAAAAGCCACAAUUGGCGGAUGGGGUUGUGAUGGAUGAUGAGGUGGUGGUGGGGCAGCAAUGGGUGGCCGGACCACCACCUGCUUCCCAAUCCAGUCAAUGCCAGUCUGUAUCUUAUGAUUGCAGUGAAAGCAGAGUUGAGUGA